AUGACCCUUACCUAUCGCAAUGGCCUCUCAAUUGGAGAGAUUAUUGUUUACAGCCCUGCGUUACUCGCCUCAAUCUAUCUGAUGAUUAGACAUGGGCUCAGUAGAUCUGCAGGCUGGUAUUUCUUGGUCAUUUUCUCGCUGGCUCGCAUCAUUGGAAGCUCCAUGCAACUGGCAACUAUCAACGAUCCUACCUCAGUUUCUCUUCAGUCCGGCUCGGCAAUCCUUCUCAAUAUCGGCUUCUCACCUCUGAUGCUCGCUACGCUCGGGCUUCUCUCUCGCCUCGUCGCCAAUAUCGAAAAGUCGACCCGGAUGAUUAUCACAACCCGACACCUGAAGAUGAUCGAGACAAUCAUCUCUGUAGGGUUGAUUUUGGGGAUAGUCGGGGGUAUCGAAUCCGGGGAAGAUGCUUCUAAACCGCCAUACCAUUACGCAAUUCAUACUUUGACAAAAGUCAGCGUCAUACUCUUCAUCAUCUCUUACGCCGCUACCGUUCUUGCAACGAUUCUUACUUCUUUCCAUGUCCCUGCUGCCGACGCAGGUGAACAUCGAAUCCUAUACGCGGUUGGAUUCUCCCUUCCGUUCCUCCUCAUUCGCUUGAUAUACUCCUGCUUCAGCACUUUCACCCAUAACAAGCAUUUCGGUGUUCUCAGCGGCUCGCCUACAGUACUUCUUUGUGUCGCACUCCUCGAGGAGUUGAUAGUAACCGUUACCUACCUGUCUAUCGGAAUGACGCUGGCGGUUGUGCCCAAGCCGCAGGUUGGCUCAUAUGAAGAGGGUGGAAAUCAGAGUAACCCACCAAAGCAAGAUAACGUCGUGUUGCGAAUUGCCAAACGAACUAUUAUUGGAAGAUUAGUCAUGGCGUUGAUUCCGAGUAAGCAGAAAGAUGUGGAGAUGCAGACACAUACAGAACACAUCCAGAAGUGA